AUGGCGGGCCUGCGCGACGGCGGGGCGGGCAGCAGCUGGCGCGAUGAUGACGAUGGGUGCAGCACGGACUCGGGUUACGUGGGCACCGGCGGGCGGCCAUCUCCCGUGGUGUACGGCGCGCGCGCGUGGGGGGGCGCCAACCCCCUGGGCGGGCUCGACGCGACGCCUGAGCCGCUGGAAGCGGACCCGCGCCCGGCGCCCGGCGCGUCGCUGGUGUCCCAGGCGUUCAUGGGCCUCAUGCGCUCCGACGUGACGUGCUGCACCUGCUGCCACGUCAGCAGCACCUUCCAGAGCUUCACAGACCUCUCACUCGACCUCCACCUGCCGCGGCCCCCGCGCCGCGCACCGGGGCGCGGCGCGCCCGCCGGCGGCGCGGCAGGGCCGGACGCGGCGCUCUUUGCCGGCGGCCCUUGCGACGGCCGCGCCACGCCCAGCCCGACGCCGCCGCCAUCAGACUACAUGGUUGCGCCCUCCGGCCUGUCUGGGUUGGCCAGCGGCGUGGUGAGCGGCGUGGCGGCGGCGGGGCCCGGCGGCGAGGACGAGGAGGCGCCGCUGUCGUGCGCACCCACCACGGCGGCAAGCAGCGAGGGGAGCCAGGAGGGCGGCACGGCGCUGUCCCAGACGCUUCGGCGCGCGCCCUGCGGCCAGGCGGCGGCUGGCGAUGGUGCCGGCGCCCGGCAGCCCGGUGCAGGGUCGCCCGAGCCGCGCAGUGGCAGCGGCGGCGGCGGGGUUGGCGGCGGCGGCGGGGUCGCCAAUGGCCACGGCUCGGACUCUGACGGUGCACCCUCUGAGCUAGGGGGCGCGGCCCCAAGCCAAAGCAGUCAGCAGCAGCGCAGGUCAGCCGCGGGGCCGGGCCCGCCCGCGGCGGCAGACGCAGCGUCCCCAGAGCGGCGCGCUGGCAGGGCCAGCGGCGGCAGCGCCGCAGCGAGGCCCGCGCUCGGCGGCGCGGAGCCGGCCGCGGCAGACCCCACUGGCAGCGCCGGGGCGCGGGGGCGGCACCCCUUACCGCCGCACGUGCAGGCCGCGGCGCCGGCAGGCGGCGCGGGGGCGGCGGGAGGCCAGGCCGCUGCGCUGGGCGCCGUCGCGCGGCGGCCAGCGCACUCGGUCCAGCGGCCGAAUGUGGCGGUGUGGGGCACGGCAGACGGCGUGCAGCAGGAAGGGCCGCAGGAGGGGCGGCCGGACCAGCGCGCAGCCGCGCUCGCUCCGGCAGCGCCCCCGGCACAAGCUGGCGAGGAGCAGCCACAGCAGCAACCACAGCAGCAGCGGCACGCGGCAGCAGGCCCGCGCGGCCACCAAUCGGGGCAGGGAGACUCCCUGGCGGCGGCAGACGACGCGGGGGAGGUGUCAUCGCCCGCGCGCCCGCCGCGCCCUGGCGCUGCGCCCGCCCAGGGCGCCGACUCCCCCGGCCUGGCGCCGCCGCAGGCCUCGCCGCCGCCGCUGCUACCUCAAGGGGCCCCGGGGCCGUUGCUGGGCGCCCCGCGGCCGCAGGCGCAGGGGCCUGGCAAGGGCAAGGGCAGGGGGCGCGGCGCGCAGCAGUCGCGUGUCACGCGCUGUGGCGAGUGCCACACGUGCCGCAACAAGCACCUGAAGAAGGCCUGCGAACGCAACAAG